AUGCUGUGGAUUUUGGUCUCGAGUGGUGUUAAUCAUGUGCCUGUGCCUGUACCUGUACCUUCAGAAGAAUGGUCCUUCAAGGGAUCCAAGGUGCCAAGUUCCGUUUUGCCAUCGAACUUCGAAAAGAUUAUUGAGUGGCAAACUGGCAAUGUCGCAAGUGGUGGGAUUUGCUUAGUGAAAAGUGAAAACAACAGUGGAAGUGUCAAGCUGGUCACAGGACAACUUAAAUCGAUAAUCGAGCUAGGUUUGCUAAGCUAUGGGCAGAUUAAUACAGAGUUCAAUUCCAAUCAUAACAAACAGCAGAAACAGAUAACUUUUUUAAGCAAAAUCGAUUCGUAUCGUAAGUUUUGUCGAGAAUGUGGUACUUAUUCUUAA